AUGGCGACGGCGCAUGCUACUGCCUUUCAGUACCUCGUGAAGGAUGUGACAAGCUGGAAUAUUCCUCCAGGCCCCCUCCCCAGUGAACUACUUCUUACUGGAGAAGCUGCCUUCCCAGUGAUGGUGAAUUUUGAAGGUCGUGUGGUCAUUGCUGCCUCCUCUUACGGCAAGGGCCGCAUCGUGGUCAUGGCCCAUGAAGGAUACCUGAUACAUGCACCUUUGGCUCAAUUUCUUGUCAAUGCCGUGCGCUGGCUCUGCCUUUCCCCUGGGGCCACCAUUGGCGUGAACCCCUCCCAGGUAACACUUGUAAAAAUCCUGCAAGACUCUGGGGUUAAGGCACAGAUCCAGUCAGAACCUACAGAAUCCCUGGGGGUUUACUGCCUUGAUGCCUACAAUACCAGCAUGAACAAGAAGAUAAUCCCAUUUAUGAAACGUGGAGGAGGAGUGCUCAUUGGAGGCCAAAGCUGGACCUGGGCAGAGAAGAACGGCAACGAUAAGGUGCUCUUUGGGUACCCUGGGAACCAAGUGACAGGUGUGGCUGGAGUAUACUUCACUGAAGCUGGUGUGUAUGAUGGACCUUGGAUGGUCUCUGAGACAGUGCCCACCAUCCCACUCGGUGUCAUGUAUGAGAACAAUGUCAGAAAAGACCAAGAGCAGCUCCUACAAGGGAUCACCGAGCUGGAUAUCAGUAGAGGAGCAAAACCCUCAAAACUGUUUGUGCAUGGGCCCCUGGCCUUUCCCCUGGGGUUAGACAGUUCAUUCAAUUGCUUCCUAGCAGCUGCCCGCUAUGGCAAUGGUCGUGUGGUGCUGUAUGACCAUGAGAGUAUGGUAUUUGAGGACAGGAUGGGCAACUUUGUAAUCAAUGCUAUACGUUGGCUGAAAGGGCAGCAGAACGGGAAGAUUGGGGUGAGUCCACAACUGAAUCGUCUGGGCCCCUUAUUAACAAAAAACAACUUGGAGUGGAGCAGCACAGACCUUCUGAGCAGCGACUUGAGUGUCUACUGCUGUUCCUUACUCAACGACACGGAUCUUAAGAAGAUAGAGGAAUUUGUUGCAGAAGGCAAAGGGGUAUUGAUGGGCAGCCAGGCCAGACAGUGGGCUAUGCAACACCCAAAUUCCAACUUUAUGUCUGACUAUCCAAAUAACAAGUUCCUUAAACAUGCUGGCCUUUGCAUCGUUAAUGAGCAAGGGCAUAGAGGCUGCUUCCCAGUUCCCAAGCCAGAGAUAAUGAAAUACCAUGUCAGAAAAGCACUAAUUCAAUUUGAGUCCAUGGUGUUCAGCAAGGGAAAAGUCUUGGAAAAGAGUUCGAUGGUGAUGCUAAGACAAGAUAUUUCCUAUAUGCUUCAAAUCUCACCUAAUGGGAUUUCCAUCUAUGAUGCUGUGUACAAAAACAUCCUGAAAAUGAUCAAAAAAAAGGGUUUACCAGUUGUGAAUAAAGAAAACCCCAUCAGCAGGGGCAGCCCUCAGCAUCUACUGUUAGACUGGGCCUACGGACUGGUCAAGUGGGGAAUCUUUGACCCACUCUUGAUUGUUGAUACCAUCUGUCUCAGCACCAAGGAACCUUCUGUGAGGAUUGAUAUCAGCCCAGACAACAGAGAUUCCUGGGUGAGCACUGGACUCUACUUACCUGAAGGACGAAUGGCAAAGGUCACACUGCCUGACAGAGCUGUUGCUGCUCAACUGAAGGUUCAGGUUGGCUGCCACACGGAUGACAUAAGUGAAGCAAGCACUUUCAAACGCCCCCCAAUCGUGACACAGGAGUACAACUUAAACAAAACAAACAACAACAUCUCCUGGCUCUGGGGAGGCCUCCUCUACAUCCUUGUACCCCCAGACUAUAACCUGGGCACUGUGCAGGUCACCAUCAGUGGGGCAGUGCGGGCUCCAUACUUCAAGCUGGGGAAGACGUCCCAGGAGGAGUGGAAGCGCUCUCUGGAAGGAAAUCCAGCUCCCUGGGGUGAGCUGGCCACAGACAACAUCAUCCUGACGGUGCCGACUGAAAACCUCAAGUCUGUAAAUAAUCCAGAGUCUCUGCUCCAGCUCUGGGAUGAGAUAAUGAAGGCUGCAGCCAAGUUGGCGUCUGUGCCUUUCCCCUACCGCAGGCCAGAGAGGAUUGUUACUGACGUGCAGAUCUGUUCAGGCUUGUUGCACCCUGGAUACCCCAUCAUGGGCCAACUGAAUGUAGUGCCUCAGCUCAUUGACGAGAAGACAAUCAGGUCCUCUGGUAACUGGGAUGUCUUCCAUGUCUUGGGCCACAACCAGCAACGGCCCCAGUGGCAAUUCCCUCCGCACAGCACUGAGGCCGACUGCAAUCUCUGGAGUGUCUACUUGCACGAGGUCGUUCUAAACAUCCCCAGAGCAAGGGCUCACCCUAAUCUGAAGCCUGAAAGUCGGAAAGAGAGGAUCAAAACGCACAUGGACAGAGGAGCACCCCUGAGGAAAUGGGGCUCCUGGACAGCUCUGGAAACGUAUCUUCAGCUCCAGGAAGGCUUUGGAUGGGAGCCAUUUAUCCAGCUCUUUGCUGACUACCAGACCCUCUCAGACUACCCUGAAGACAACAUUGGCAAGAUGAAUCUGUGGAUGAAGAUGUUCUCUGAAAUAGUGCAAAAAAAUCUAGUUCCUUUCUUUGAUGCCUGGGGCUGGCCUAUCCAGAAAGAAGUAGCUGAUAGCCUGGCCUCCCUGCCACAGUGGGAGGAAAAUCCCAUGAAAACAUAUGCAGAUCAGAGUGAAAAUUGUGGAAUUAUGCAAAUGUUGCAUGAAAUGUAG